AAAAAAAGAAGUCAAAAGAAACCCAAUGCUAUAAGCAAUUGAUGUUGUUUGGUUUUAUAGAGGCAGCGAUCCUCCAUAGAAGAAGAAGAAGAAUGUCCUCUCAUGCAGCAAUCAACUGAACCCAUACCUUGUAGCUCCACUCACCACUACUCAACUCUUCUCACAAAAUGCAUCCAAACCAGAGAUUUCACACUUGGAAGGCUCAUCCACUCCCGCCUCAUCAAGACUGCACUAACUCUCAACACCUUCCUCGCCAACCGCCUAAUACACAUGUACGCCAAAUUCGGCUUCAUACACUCAUCACACAGCCUCUUCAAUCAACUCCCAAUCAAGAACACCCAUUCCUGGAACAUAAUCAUCUCUGCUUUUUCUCAAGCGGGUCUUUUCAAGAAUGCCCUCCAACUGCUUGAUCAAAUGCCUGAACCAAACCUUGUGACCUAUAACUCUAUCAUUUCCAGCUUAAGUCAUCGCGGGCAUUUCCGAAAAUCCAUAGGCGUGUUUAAACUAAUGCAGGCUCGGUGUAAAAGUGAAGUCUUGAUGGACGGGUACACAGCUGUUAGUUUGGCCAAUGUGUGUGCUUGCUUGGGUGCAUUGAAACAGUUGUGUCAGUUACACGGAGUUGCUAUUGUGAUUGGCUUGGAAUUCAAUGCUGUGCUUUGUAAUGCCCUGAUUGAUGCCUAUGGGAAGUGUUGCCUUCCUCAGAACUCGUAUUCCGUUUUCAGGCGAAUGCACGAGAGGGACGUCGUGUCCUGGACUUCAAUGCUGGCGGCUUAUGCACGAGCGUCCAGAAUGGAGGAUGCUUGUAGGAUUUUCCAUCAAAUGCCACUGAGAAAUGUGGUGUCUUGGACUGCACUAAUUGGCGGUUUUGCACAGAACGGGGAGGGCGAGAAAGCUUUGUGCCUUUUCAGGCAAAUGCAGGAAGAAGGUAUCAUCCCUAGUGCCUUUACUUAUGUUUCAGUUCUGACUGCCUGUGCAGAUAUAGCUCUAUUAGAUAAAGGGAAACAAGUGCAUAGUCACAUUAUUAGACAUAAAUGUUCGAGCGAUAAUAUAUGCGUAGUUAAUGCUCUCGUGGACAUGUAUUGUAAAUGUGGCGACAUAGCCUCAGCAAUGACAUUGUUUGAGAGGUUCCCUGACAAGGAUACAGUCACCUGGAACUCACUAAUUACCGGGCUGGCUCAAAAUGGCCAUGGCGAGAAGUCGCUCUCCAUGUUCAAAACGAUGAUUGCAGCAAAUGUGCAGGCCAACCAUGUCACUUUCCUAGGGGCUCUAUCUGCUUGUAACCAUUGUGGUUUAGAAUCAGAAGGAUUCAAGAUUCUCAACUCAAUGGAAACAGAUCACGGUGUACAUCCUGGUUUAGACCACUACUCGAUUAUGAUCGAUUUGCUUGGGCGAAAAAACAGUCUAACAGAGGCAGUAGAACUGAUUGAGAGAGCAGCCGAUGGUUCAGACCAUAUUGGUAUGUGGGGUGCGGUUUUGGGUGCUUGUCGUGUUCAUGGGAACAUGGAACUCGCCAGACGAGCAGCAGAAGCUCUCUUCGAACUCGAGCCUGAGAACACUGCACGAUACGUUAUGCUAUCCAACGUAUACGCUGCAGCAGGAAGGUGGGAUGAUGUGCGCGAAGUGAGAACGCGUAUGGAUGGCAGAAGGCUGCACAAAGAAGCAGCUUAUAGUUGGAUUGAGAUCAAGAAUGUAAGGUAUAAGUUUGUUGCCAAGGACAAGUUCUUUUGUAGGACAGAAGAAAUUCAAGAAUUGCUUCAUAAACUGGGUGAUCAUAUGAAGGAUGCUGGUUAUGUACCUAAUAUUGAACAGCCAUUUUCCCCUAAAGAUACUGAUGUGAGUUUGGAUUUGUACCUACUUUAGUUGAUUACAAUUCAAAAACUUAA